AUGAAAUUGUUUAGUGAUGAAAGUGACGCUGAAAUAUUUGAGACUAUUACCGCGUCGAAGUCGCGCCUGCGCCUUCGGUCGCCCGUUCUGCGUAGAAAUCCGACCGGCGAGGCUAUAGCAGCGCCGACAGCGCGCGAGGUAUUGGCCUUGCUCUUGGAGUGGCAACUCUUGACGCAUCCCGCGGCCAACCCGGCCCGAGUCGCCGAGGUCGAGAGCGCCUCUAGCCUGAAAGGCCUCUGGCGUCGUAUACGCCGCGCUUCACGGGCGAACCGGCCACUGGCUUCGCCUCGUUGGGGUUCAAAUUUUGAGUAA